AUGUCCCGGCAGGACUUCCUGCAAGAGAAGCGGCAGCACGUGACUGAAGGCAUUGUCCGCAUCCAGGAUGGUGGCUACGGAGAGGCCAAAGAACCGACUGUCUCCCCGGAGGCUGUUCACGCAUUGAUGGGCAAGGAGCUGACAACUGAGCAGCGAUUGAAGCUGAGCUCCACAGUCAUUGACACCGUGCUGCGAGGCGACGCUCCGCCGUUCGAGGAGCCUCGACGAAGCGAUGCCCCAGUGGCUUCCCCGACGGCCCCGGCUUUGGCGGCUCCAGAGCCCGAUGCACCCGAUGCGCCUGAGCCCAUCCCAAACGGAGACAGCCUGGCCCUGGCUCAGCUUCUACAGGAGGCCACUGUUUCAGAGACGGGAGGCGAUGAGGAUGCUGAGCUCUUGCAGCAGCCAUAUCGAGAGUCUCUGGACUACCUCAACGAUCAGUUCAGUCUCCUUGAGUGCGAGAUCCGGAUUGCAGAGCACAGGCGGCAGUCUACCAAGGAAGACGUUGGAGUCGAGGAGCCCUUCCUCCUCAGAUCCCGCAAAGUUAACGUCUUCGAGCAUGAAGCCAAGAGAAAGUUGGCCCUGGCGCGGAUCAGCCACCGGCUGAAACUCACUCGGGAAGCUGGCCUUGAAGUCCCACGCCUCGAGGCGCUGCACCAGAAGACCAAGCUUGAUGACUUCGAGAAAAAUGUCGUGGUGAUGCUUGUGGGCAACACUUUGUCGCCGAAGAUCCAGGCCACGCUCAAUGUGGGGGAGCGGCGCUUCCUUGCCAACGCACCUUUGCAGGUGAGGGUCAUCCUGGAAACUUUCUGCCGCGACUUCAAAGAAGAGGUCCAGAAGCGCGUUUACUUCUACAAGAGCAGUGGCAUCAUCCGAAUUGGUGCUGGGGCGAGGUCUGGUGACCUCACGUGCCACACAGUCCACAUUGACCGUCGCAUCCUGGACUUCGUUGUAGGUCUUGAUACAGAGAUUAACGAAGUUGUGGAGGGCAGCAACCUGUACAAGCCAUCUGCGACACUCCAGCAGCUUGUGCUGCCGGAGGACAUGAAGAGCAGCAUCCUCGCUUUGGUGGACAAUUUCGAGCAGUUCUGCAAGUACCGCAAGUCCUCUGGCCUCGAUGAUGUCAUUGCUCAUGGGUCUGGACUGGUCCUAAUGUUUUGCGGCCCAAGCGGCACUGGCAAGACUCUGAUGGUCAACGCUCUGGCUGCCCACCUGGACAAGCGCGUCCUGCUUGUGAACUUCAAGACCCUGUACAGUCACCACAGCGAGCCUGGCCUGGGCCCUGAUGAGGAUGGCUCCAAUGUUCUCAAGCUCUUUCGGGAAGCUGAAAUGAGCGAUGCAGUGCUCUUCUUUGAUGAGUGCGAGUCGCUUUUCUCGCAGCGUUCCGCAGGGGGCAAUUCUGAAAUGACAGCUUUGCUGACUGCUAUGGAGAGAUAUGAGGGCAUGAUUUUCCUGGCCACGAACCGGCCGUUCGACCUGGAUGAGGCCAUGUAUCGCCGGAUUACCUCAGUCUUCACGUUCAGCAAGCCAGACCACAUCCAGAGACUGGAGAUCUGGAAUCUUUACACGAAGACAGGAGUGCCGCUGGCUCCCGGGAUCGACUGGGAGAAGAUUGCCAUGAAGUUUGCGUUGACUGGUGGGUACAUCAAGAAUGCCAUUGUGAGCGCUCUUUUGCUGGCUAUCUCCCGCAACAACAUUGAGCCGCAGGUGACAGAGGAAGACAUCACAGGCGGUUGCAUCAUGCAGGUACGUGGCUCUCUUCAGAUGCAGAGCUUUGCCAAGCGACUGGUCCCGCGAGCAGGCCUGGACUCCUUGGUACUGACCCCUUCGCUGAAGCAGAAGUUGCUGGACAUAGUGGCUUUCGAAAAGGCGAGGCCGCUCCUGCUGGAGAACUGGGGCUUUGGUGAUAUUGGCAGUGAAGGCCCUGGCAAAGUGGAUGGCGUCACCAAGCCCGUGGUCACAACAGCACUCUUCUGGGGUGGCGCUGGCACCGGGAAGACGGCAGUGGCAGAGGCUUUGGGCUUUGAGUUUGGCCGGGCGCUGAAGGUGGUGAACUUCCCAGAGGUGACUUCAGAGCUGCGGAUGUCGAAGUCCAACGGGGCAAACUCUCUGGAGACCACGUUCGAGGAAGCAAAAGCUGCAGAUGCUGUGCUUGUGAUCGAGGGCAUCCGACCAGAGAACUUCCUUGAUGAUGCAGACAGUGGACUGGACACGACUUUUCAGCAGCUAGCGUUCCACAUCGAGCGCUUCUCCGGUGUGGUGCUGCUGCUGGUGACCUCCGAUGAUGUGUUCCGCUUGCAGCUCCUGCCGCAGGAAUUUGCCCGCCUGGUCAAGUUCUUGGUCGUCUUUGACCAUCCCAGUGCAGAGCAGCGUGUUGCGCUGUGGCGCUCAGCGCUGCCACCGCGUGUACCACUUUCAGGGGAGGUGGAUUUCGAGGAGCUGGGAGGGCGCUUCGACCUCAACGCAGACGCCAUCUCCUCGGCAGCCUUCCGUGCGGCAGCGGCAGCAGUGCUCCGUCAAGGAGAUCAGCGGCAGGUGAUGCGGGAGGACUUGGUUUCUGCUGCAGAGCUUGAACUUUCAUUGCUGGACAAGUCGAAGAGUGUUGUGAGCUCUCGGCCGUCCAUCGAAGAGUUCCUCCGAAAACACCGCUAUAGUGAUGCGAGCAGCUUCCACAGGGUGUAUUUGCUCAAGGAAGAGCGGGGAGGCUGCGAGCGACUCUGUUUGCAAGUGCAAGCCUCCGAGCUUGGUCGUCUCUUCAUUCCGAUCUUGACCUUGGACGGCGUGGAGGGAUCCUAUCCCGAAAUGUUUGACCAGCAUCCCAAGAACAUGGGGCUUUGCUUCAGCAUCGCUCCAAGUGGUCGUGAUGUGCUGCUCAUCGAGGCGCAGGACAGACUGAGCCAAGAGGAUCUAGAAGGCAGCAUGUACUGGAACGCCAGCGGCGGGGGAUGCAGCAUGCGGCCCGGCCAUAUCGCGAAACUUGAGCCCGUGGCACAGAAUGGGAUGGAGGAGUUCCUGCUAGACCUGACGGACUGGCUCAAGCGCUUCUCCGAGUAUUUCAAGGGAGACGAGGCGCACACACAGAUCCUAGAAAUGAAGGGUUAUUCCUCGAAUUUCUUGGUGCGCUGCUCGACACAGCAGCCCUCCAAUGUGCCGGUGAAAUCUGCGAAAGGAUCGCUGACUGUCUACUAUACAGUGGCAUUCUCAGCAUUGCCAGAAGUGCCCAUGGUGCCACGGCCCUCUGACCCUCGUGUGGGAUAUUUCACGAAUGCCAUCCUCGUAGGUGGGCCUCGGCAGGCGACGACGGUCCAGCACGUAAUUUCCAGGUGGGAUCUAACGAGGCACCAGCAGCUGAAGUACGUCAUUGACCGUGCGGUCCCAAAGCUGUACCAUGAGACGAUCAAAACGGGCGUCCAUGCAUGGAAUGCAGCGUUCGAGUUUGUGUUGGGCCGCGCGGUGCUUCACUGUGUUGCGCCGGAUGAUAGCGACUACCCAGAAGAGUACCAGCCAGGCGAUGGUCGGCAUAUCUCCAUUUUCAUGACGAAUCCCUCCACCAAGGGCUUGCUGGGUUAUGGGCCAAGCGCCUUUGAUUAUCGUAGCGGUGAGAUCCUAAUGGCAAGCGUUGUCCUCGGCUUGAAGUCGCACGUAAAAAUUCCAUCCGAUUUCUCGGAGUCUUUGUUCAAAUCGCCGGACAGCACCUGCUGCCAGCAACAGCUGCUAGAUGCAGAUGACCCUGAUGUGAUGAAGUAUCUGUUGGAGACUGUCGUGCACGAGGUAGGACACACCCUGGGCCUGCGACACAACUUCAUCGCGGCGGAGGAUGGGCACUCUUCAGUUAUGGACUACCCGGAUGAUCUAGACACAUCCGAUCCGUCAAAGCCUGUGUUUGGGGGGCACUUCCUCGGCGGACCCGGGCGAUAUGAUAAAUAUGCAAUCAGCUACGGUUACACGCCUCUGGAUACCGAAGUUCGGGGACAGCGUCAUUCCAAGCUGGAGCUGCUGGCAAAUGGCCAGUCGGUUGAGGAGGAGUUGUCAGCGGAGCCUCGGAACCCACUCUUCGCCUCUGAUGAUGACGUAGGUGGCCUGGACCCCCGUGUGCAGCAGCGUUUGGCUUCCGUCGAGCGCAUGGGUGUUGACAAAAUCCUUUGGGCGCUGCAGCGUCGCAAAACGCUGCUAGAACAUGUGCAAAGUUCACACGUGGAUUGCAAUCUGUACAGCCAGCGGGUGUUGAACACCUUGGAGAUUUGUGCCCGUGCCGUGCUGGCUGCGGGCGCUUACAUUGGGGGUGCCUUGGUGGACGCCCGGCGUAGUGGCGUUCAGCGCGUGGAAGCAGACGCAGCUCUGCGUUACGUCGCUGUCGUCUUGAACAUGUUGGUUGGCCCCGUCUUUCGCCUUGAUGGCCCGGAAAGCGACCGCCUGCUUGUCAGGCGGGAGGGCGAGUACGGCGUGGUGCGAACAAGUGUAUUGGAGCUCCACGGGCAGGCUUGCGAGAGCAUCCUGGGCCGAUUGCUUGACCCAAGCGUUCUAGCGCGCCAUGAGGGACAGCGCGAGACCGCCGUGGAGCCCAGGCCUCACAGUACGCUGGAGCUGCUGUCGGCACUGGCGUUUGGCAUGCCGAGUGGCUUUGACAUGGGACCUGCGAAGGAGUUGGACAAGGUGCCGGAUGGCCUGCUUUGGCCCCUGCGACAUGACUUCCGUUUGGAGGAGGGCCAAAGUGCAGCCGAGCUGCGCGCCGCCACAGAGGACCCUUUGGCAUGUCAGGCCCGCUUAGCGUUUGCUAAGUUGGUCAACCACCUCGCACGAGAUCCGGCGGUGCACGCCCUAGUCAGGUCGCAUGCCAUGGCCUUCGUCCUGAUUGUCCAAGAGUGCCUCCAGGGCCUGAAGGACCGGUCAGACCUGGGAACCUUGGUGCAGGCGCAUUGGGGCCUUCUGCUCGAGGCCUUGAAAGAGAAGCGUCGACAAGGCGAGAGCUCAGACGACGCAGAGCUCGUCGUGCUGAUGGGAAAAAUGUGUUUUCUCGUCCCCAUGCAGAAAGCUUUUGGAGCCAUGGGCAAGGAAGGGCACGGAAGCAGCAAGGCAAAGACACUGCAUUCCGGGAAGUUGUUUGGACCUGGCAUGAAGAGGUUUUUUGCUCGCGCUCAUGCCGAGAGUUUCUCAGACGACCUCAAGACUGGCACCAUUUCGAUCGCAAAGUCGAUUGUCAAUUCCGUAGAGCCGCUUCUGCUGACCUUCUGCGCAUCAGGGAAGUUUUUCGUGCCUGAGGCCGGCCUCAUGGGAGAUCCAGAGAAGAGGGCUACUCUGUCCGAGGCGGAGGAGAAGGACCCGGAUGCGGCACUGAAGGAGAUGGUCAUGGUGAUCGGCGACACAUACAUGUCGAAGCGCGACCUGUGGCAGCUUCAGCUGGCAAUGAUGCAGCAUAGGGGCCGCUUGAUUUAUCGCGGCUUCCGGCGGAAUUUCUGCGAGCACGAAAGGCUCGUCUCCUUCAAAGAUGGAAAGCCUGUUGCUUGCGGCAUGGUUGGUGUGAAGACGGACGUUGCUUUCAGGUCAUCCAGCACGCACAUGUUUUUACUCAUCGAAGUGAGUUCCGAGCUGUUUUCCUUCGGUCUUUUCGGGCGGUACUACUGGGAGGUGUUGCUGGAAUGCUUUGGCCAGUGCCUGGAACGGGCCUGCGCAGUGCCAUCCGGAAAGCGCAGCACCAGCCACUUCCUACGCAUCGUGCUCUUUGCUCGGGCGAAGGACGUGGGUAAAGCAGCAUGCAACACAAUUAGAAUUCUGAUGGCGAAGGAGGAGGAUGAUUUGCCAAG